AUGGCUUUUGAAAUGAAUGAAAUAAAUUCUACCACUAUGUCACUUGACUUUACUAAUAAUAUGUCAUUUGAGUUAACCAAAAAGAAAACAACUGAUAAUAUGUCUUUUGAGUUAAUGGAAAGAGAAAUAGCUAAUAAUGUGCCUGUUGAACAAAUGAACUUUGAACCAAAUAACUCUACUUUAAAAACAUUUGAAACGGCAAGAGAAUGUCAUAAUCAUCUAGCUAGAGAAAGUUAUGCUAGAAAAAUAGCCCAUGAAAUCAACUCUCUAGUAAUUGAGAAUUCUGAAACAAAUCUUACACUGACGCACAAAAAUCGAGCUAACUAUGCACAACAACUAACAUCUGAAACUACAGAAAGUGCAGAAAACAGAAGAGCAAAGCGUCUAAAA